UCUGAAGCACAAUAGUCGAGCAUCGUCGUCCGUUAAUAAUGCAGUUUUAGUGCAACAAUAAUUUAUUUCAAUUCGAUUUUUUUUACAUUACUUUGUUCGAAUUUAGUUUUGUGAAUAAGUGGAGCCAUGGCUUUACAGAAUGGACAUUCAAAAAAAACAGCUGGAUGUGGUUGUCGUUGGCGGGGGAUUGGUGGGAUCUCUAGAAGCUUUAUAUUUAGCAAAAAGAGGACAUCGAAUUCGCCUAUAUGAGUUUCGUGAAGAUAUCAGAUACACUCCUCAAGCGAGAGGAAGGUCAAUAAACUUGGCGUUAUCAGUGCGCGGGAGGCGAGCGCUGAAGGAUGUGGGCGUCGAGACACACAUGAUCGAGGAACAUGGGAUCCCUAUGAAAGCAAGGAGGAUUCACCGAAUGGACGGGUCUACUUACGCUAUACCAUACGAUGCUAGGACCAAGCAGUGCAUUUACUCCGUUGGCAGAAACUACUUAAAUGCGAGGCUUUUGCAAGAGUCAGAAAACUACAGCAAUGUCGAGAGGUAUUUUAAACACAAAUUAGUUGAAGCAAACUUACGGAAAGGAGCGUUAACAUUCCUCAACACGGACACAAAUGAAACAGUACAUGUGACAGCUGACUUGGUCAUCGGAGCUGAUGGCGCCUUCUCCGCCGUCCGCAAGGCUAUGAUGAAGCAGCCACUCUUCGACUACAGCCAGAAAUACAUUGAACAUGGCUACCUAGAGCUGUGCAUACCACCGGACGAAAAUGGCGGCUUUCAGAUGCCCGCAAAUUAUCUUCACAUCUGGCCUAGAGGGGAAUUCAUGAUGAUUGCGCUUCCUAAUCAGGACUGUUCUUGGACAGUGACCCUAUUCAUGCCCUUCAUCAAAUUUAAAAACUUAGACACUAAAGAAAAGCUUUUGGCCUUCUUUGAAAAGUACUUCCCGGAUUCAAUUGAUUUGAUUGGCAAAGAUAAGCUUAUUGAAGACUUUUUCGCUGGUUCCCCAUCUCCGUUGGUCGCUAUUAAGUGUCGUCCUUAUCACGUGGAAGACAAAGCUCUGCUGAUAGGAGAUGCGGCGCAUGCCGUGGUACCUUUCUACGGUCAGGGCAUGAACGCAGGUUUCGAAGACUGCACCUUACUUGACCAGCUCUUCCAGAAGCAUAAUGACAACCUUGCAGAAAUUCUAGAAGAGUUCUCUAAUUCCAGAUGGGAAGAUACCUUUGCUAUCAGUGAUUUAGCUAUGUAUAAUUAUAUUGAGAUGCGAGACCUAGUAACUCGUCCUUCGUACCUCAUUCGGAAAGCUGUGGAUGACUUCAUAUUUUGGCUACUACCUAACUUCUGGGUUCCUCUGUACAACUCUGUGACAUUCUCAACGAUGCCUUACAGUCAAUGCAUCAAGAACCGUGAAUGGCAGGACAGGUUACUGAAGAAGUUCUUCACGUUUGGAGGAUUUGCUGCGGCAGUAGGCGGUGCUUUUGCAUUAAAGUUAAAAUAUUUAAAGUAAUAAUAAAAGUAUACGUUAUAUGCUUUAAUUUA